AUGUGUAUUCAAAGAUUAAGGUAUGCACAAGAAAAGCAACAAGCGAUCGCAAAGCAGUCUCGAAGACAGGUUGCACAACUGCUAUUGGCAAAUAAAGAACAAAAGGCGCAUUAUCGUGUUGAAACACUAAUACAUGAUGAUAUUCAUAUUGAGCUAUUAGAAAUAUUGGAGUUAUACUGUGAAUUACUGUUGGCUAGAGUACAGAUAAUAAAUGAUAUCACCACCGAGGAAGAGCUUGUCAAAGAGCACCUGGAGGAUGGCAUCAAUGAAGCCAUCCGGUCGUUAAUAUAUGCGAUUCUUUUCGUUGAUGAAAUUAAAGAACUAAGUCAGUUGAAAGAUUUAAUGGCUUGGAAGUUAAACGCUGAGUUUGUUAAUGGGAUUAUAACAGAUCAUAUCGACGUACCUGACAAAAUCAUACAAAAAUGCUCUCCCUCGGUUCCAAAAGAGGAGCUGGUCGAUCUAUACUUGAAGGAAAUUGCGAAAACAUACGAUGUGCCAUAUAGUAAACUGUGUGGUUCCUUGUCCUCAUCUUCUUCUAGCAUAGCUUUAGAUUAUGAUGACCUUUCAGUCGAGAUGAAAGAUAACGACGAAGAAAAGCCUAUAUUAACCUUAGAUAAUGAUGAUAUUGACGUUGCUGAUGCUAAACAUCCUAUCAUUAUAAAAAAGCCCAGACAGAAUAGCGAAAAUAUAAACAAUGAGCUAAAGAUUCCUAAAGAUAUCAAAAAGGAAGUAGUUGACAAAAAACAAUCAGAAAAGAAAACUACGAGAAGAAAGACUAAAAAAGAGCAAGAAAAUGAUGAACUGGACGAGUUAAAAAAACGUUUCGAUGCUUUGCGAAGAUAA